UGGCAAAUAGAACGGGACAAAGUGUUGAUCUGCACUAAGAUGCCUGCCCAAACUGUAGGCCUGGAUUGUUCCAUACAAACUGUGACGUAUGGUUGCCUAGCAAAGCAAACAGGGGCGCGUCGCAGGUGGGAGGAGGCAUAAAUACACUCACCUCCAGCUUGAACUGUCUUUCUUCUCCCAUCUCUCACAUCAAAGCCUUCAACCUCAACUCCAACUCCAACUCCAACUCCAACCCACACUUCAAGACUCAAUCAAUAUCAACAUAAUGGCCUCUACCAACCCCGCCAACUUCGCCAACCUUCCCAAGGACGAGCUCCGCGAGAUCGCUGCUAAAGGCGGCCACGCCUCACACGGCUCUCCUGAGCACGACGAGCCUGCCCAUGCUGAUCGCAACCCCGACGGCACCUUCACCAAGGGCUCUGAACUAGCUAAAGAGCUUGGCUCCAAGGGUGGCCAUGUCGCUCAUGAGCAUCAGGUUGAGAAGGCUGAGACUGAGGAGAGCGGCCGCAACCCGGAUGGCACGUUCAAGGAGGGUAGCAAGCUUGCUCAUGACCUUGGCGUCAAGGGUGGACAUGCUUCCCACCAGCAGUAAGAGUCUAGUGCGUUGAAGCCAUGUGGAGGGAAAUGGAAUCGAAAUCGAAGCCUCGGCUAGCGAUGGCAGGAAAACAACGGAUGGGUAACGAGAUAACGAGUCAAUGAAAAUUUAUGUUUCAUGUCAUAGCUAUUCUUGGAGUAUCCUGCAGACUCUACUUCCCCUCGCCCUUCAGAUGUCUUUCUUCGUCUCAUCUCCAAGCAUCCUCUUCUCCACC